AUGGAGCCGUUGCGGAAAGAUCCUGCGCUGCAACAGCAGCAGCGAGAACAGCAGCAGCAGCAACAGCAGCAGCAGCAGCAACAGCAGCAGCAGCAGCAGCAACAGCAGCAGCAGCAGCAACAGCAGCAGCAGCAGCUACUGCCUGACGAGAGUGAACGCCAUCAGCACGACCAGAACAUGGAGGUGCAGCAGCAGCAGCAGCAGCAGCAGCAGCAAAGCCAGCAGCAGCAACGAGAGCGGCAGCUGCAACACACGCCGCCGCAGCAGCAAGGGCAGCAGCAGCUGCUGCUGCAGGAAAGGCAGCAGCAGCAGCAGCCAGAGCAGCAGCAGCAGCAGCAGCAAGAGCAGCAGCAGCGCACCACGGAGCAGCAGCCUGAGCAGCAAGUGCAGCAGCAUCGCGAGGCGGAGCGCCAGCAGCAACAGCAGCUGCUGGAAGAGCAGCAGCAGCAGCAGAAGCAGCAGCAGCAGCAGCAAGAGCCGCAGCAGCACAACACGCAUCACCAGCCACCGUCGCCACAACCACAGCAGCAGCAGCAGCAGCAGCAGCGGCAGCAGCAGCAGCAGCAGCAGCAGCAGCAGCAGCAGCAGCAAGAGCGGCCUUCGCGAGGGCGGAGGCCGCAGGCAGUGUCUCUUCCUGCUGCUGCUGUUUUAUCUUUUUCUCGGUAUCGGCCGAAGCAGCAGCAGCAGCAGCAGCAGCGCCCUCCGCUGCAGCAGCAGCAACGGGCAGCAGCAGCAGCAGCAGCAGCUGCUGCUGCUGCUGCGCGGAACCCCCAUGGGUUCUUGCUAGCCAAGUGCCGCGUCCUAAUGGCGCCGCAGCAGCAGCAGCAGCAGCAGCAGCAGCAGCAGCAGCAGCAGGACCCGCUGCCUCAGCUGCAGUAUAUCAAGAAGCCCAACCACGCAGAUGAUCUCGAUUGCCCCCAUAGCGGAGGGCAGCCGCACGACGUUUUGCCUCAUUCAGAGCAGCAGCAGCAGCAGCAGCAGCAGCAGCAGGGAAACUGGCUUAUCCCGGAGUCCUCGCUCCAUGCCUUUUUCAAUUCUAUUGCUUCCGUUGAGGACCCGCAGCAAAUGUGGAGGGAGCACACAGAAGCCCUAGAAGCAAGAAUGAUCGGCUGUUUAGAGGGGCCAGCUGCAGAUGUGGAAGCCGCAGAAGAGCUACAGGAGGCGCUGAAGUUUGUGGAGGCUCUCGCUGCACGCGCUGCAGCAGCAAGGGAAUGCAGCAGCAGCAGCAGCAGCGGCAGCAGCAGCAGCAGCAGCAGCAGCAAUCUGAGGCGUCUCAAACCACUCCAUGAGCGCAUGCAGGUCUUCACCACAUUGCUGCAAAUGGCCCAUGAGCAGCAGCUCAAAAGCCGUGCCGCUAAGCAGCAGCAGCAGCAGCAGCAGCAGCAGCAGCUGGAAGCAGGAAGGCACACGGGAAGCAGCAGCAGCAGCAGCAGCAGCAACAGCAGCAACAGCAACAGCAGCAGUGGCUUCAGCUUUUACCAAGCAGCAGACGGACAGCCAAUUUUCCUUCACCCUUUUUGCUACCAGUUGCUGCUGCACGAGGCCGGGGGAGACCCCUCGCUGCUGCCUCCGGUGCUGCCGGACGUUCAGCUGCUGUCGCUGCAGCCGCUGCAGCAGCAGCAGCAGCAGCAGCAGCAACGGCGGCAGCAGCAGCAGCAGCAGCAGCAGCAGCGGCAGCACAGACCCCCCAGGCUGCUGGAGCACCUCCCCAAAAACACUUGUGCUAAACUUGCCGAAGCAAACCUAGAUGGCUGGCUCUCCCCCGCAACGCUGCAGCACUUCGAGGCGGACCUGCGGCGGCGGGAGCAGCAGCGGAAGCAGCAGCGGCAGCGGCAGCAGCAAGGGGAGGCAGCAGCAGCACGGAAGGCAGCAGCAGCAGCAGCAGCAGCAGCAGCUGCUGCUGCUGCUGCUGCACCUGUAGCAGCAGCAGCAGUGCAGCAAACGCCAGACGACCCCACAGCGUUUCCGUCUCUAGGAGCGCCUGCUGCAGCAGCAGCAGCAGCAGCAGCACCAGCAGCAGCAGCAGCAGCAGCAGCAGCAGCACCAGCAGCAGCAACAGCAGCAGCAGCAAAUGCUAGGUCCUUUGCAGGGGUUCUUGCAUACCCCACAGAUUUUAGAAAGGCAACAGAUGAGCAGCAGCAGCUGCUGCACUUCCCGUCUCUUGCUGCUGCUGCUGCUGCUGCUGCAAACCCCAAGCCCCCCAGGGUCAAAGCAGCAAGAGCCAGCAGCAGCAGCAGCAGCAGCAGCAGCAGCAGCAGCAGCAGCAGCAGCAACAAUGGCAAGAGCAGCAAAAGAGGCUUUGCUGCAAACAGGGCAUCGCCCCUUAGUGAAUUUUUUGGGUCUCAAACUGUCAGGCCUAAACCCUAA